AUGGAGGAUUAUGACUUCACCUUGCAGUAUCAUCCUAGAAAAGCCAACGUGGUUGCAGACGCUCUCCGCAGAAAGACUCUAGGAAUCCAAGCAUAUUUGGCAUUGGAAGAUUGGAAACAGAGUGAAAUUGUAGGUAACUAUGAUCUUCAGUAUUAUGAGGAUUCUAACCAAGCUAUGGUGUAUAACUUGGUUUCAACACCAACUCUUAUACAACAAGUCAAGCAGAACCAAUGGCAGGAUUCGCAUCUUCAGGGAAUUUGGACUCGAGUUCAGAAUGGAGAAAAACAGGACGAAUGGAAUAUUCGGGAAGAUGGAACGCUCUACUUCAGGAAUUGCCUUGCCGUUCCUCAAGUGGAUGAGAUAAAGAAGACAAUCCUCCAUGAGGCUCACAAAUCGAGGUUCGCUAUUCACCCUGGGAGUACCAAGAUGUAUCAAGACCUCAAAAGAUAG